AUGAAAUAUUUGCUCUUAUUUUUUGUAUUCUCAACUGUUUAUGCAGUGAAUUUGAGUGAGUUUUUCGGGAAAAAAAUUUGAAAAAAUCUAGAAAUUAUUUAGUUCUAGAUGUUUUUACUGGUUUAGGGAAACCAAACUUUAGUCCAACCGUACUAACUAGACUCUAGUCUAACUAGACAGUAGGUUAACUAGACUUAAGUUAGUUGCUCGAUAAUGGACUAGAAUCUGUACAAACCAGAGUCUAGUUUAACUAAUACCAACUAGACUGUAGUCUGGUAACAAUCUCUUGAAGUUUUCUUUAGAUUUUUAACUAGAAAAUCAGCUGAUCUUCAGAAUUUUUACAAAAUUUCUCCCAAAACCCGCCCCAAAAACCCAACCAUUUUCCAGACUGCUCCUCCUCCAUAAUCCAAUACUACGCUCCUCAAAACCUCAGCCAAAUCACCAAAUAUCCAGCCAACUCCAACGACACCCUGAGUCCCAAUCAAUAUUGUCGAUUCCAUUUCAAUGUUCCAACAGGAUACAGUGUAUUCCUAGUGUUCUCCGCAAGUUUGGGCAACGGUUUUGUGACGGUUGUUGAUUCGAUAAAUGUUUCAAAAGUGUAUAACACCGCUUUUCAACAACCAGCAUUUUUGAUCUCUCCUGGUGGAUAUGUUUAUGUUCAAACUACAAACACUGUUGGAUAUUUCAAUUUGCAAUUCAAAUAUUAUAAAUGUAGGUUGGAUUUUUGAAGGAUGUUCCUAUUUGAUGUUUUGUUUCAGAUAACACAUAUCCAAUUAAUUAUCCAAUUUCAUCAUCGGCAAAAGAUCCAUUAUAUCUCAAUACCCAAAUGUUGCAACCAACAACAUUCACCGCAUCAACACGUGUAUCUCUAGUCACAAUUCCACAAAUCGCCCAAUAUGUUCAAUAUUUACAAGCAACUGCAGUCUUCGAUGGUCCAACUGUGAACUCCAAAUACAUCGGAAGUUUAUACGAUCAAUAUGUCUCUGGUAAUCAAUUUGUAUCCAGUGGCAAAUAUCUCACACUUUACACCGUGGCUUCAACAUCCUAUUCUGCUUACGGAACAGUUAUCCUUCAAGAUUAUUCGAUAACUUCAAAGUUCGGCAAAUUUUUGGGGAUAUCCAUGGAAAAUGCGCCACGAUUAUUGAGCUUGAGUUCACCGAGUGCUUCUCAACCAGUCGGGUUUAUUACAACUAUGGGAACAACAAAUGCAGAAUAUUUGAUAGCUGCAAAUGUUUCGGCUAAUGCAAAAAUUGAUGUUUAUAUUGGAUCGGUUUUCAGUGAUCGGAAGAUUGCAACCUAUAAUAUUUCGAAUGUUAAUAAUUCGUUGCCUCAGGAAUUUUUGGGGAUUCAUAGAACUUAUGUGGUUACUUCUGGACAAGUUACUUUGAAAUUGGGAAGACGCACUAUUGAUUGUAAGUUUGCGUUGGGAAUUUUGGAAGUUAAAAAAUGUGUCGCGUGCGGCUCUGCGUCGCGGUUGGGAAACAAGAAAAAUGAAUUAUUGAUUGUUUCCCGACCGCGACGCACAUUUUUUAACUUUGACAUUAAUUUUAAAAAAAAUUCCAGCUGGUUUCCAAAAUGCUUACAUUGGUCGAAAAGGUUUCAUCGCAUCUCGAUAUUACAAAACAUCAGGAUUAGCAUCACCAACAAUCACAGCAGAUAUUCUCGCUCCCCAAACAUCUCAAAAUCUUGGCUAUCAGCUAAACAUCAGACAACUCGAUUUGUCUCGCAAUAAUUCACUCAUGAUUGCGAAUGGUGACGUCACCACGAUUUAUAAUAGUUCGAAUAAAGUUGCGAGUAGCUUGACUGUGAAUGGUGCCAUGUUGGCUGUACAAUAUACAGGAGAUUCGAAUACGACCGGAUUUUAUAUGGAUUUCGAGAUUGUGCCAGCGAAAGGAGUUUUGAGUAGAAGUGUUUUCUGUAGUUUGGUAUUGUUUUUGGUGGCGAAUUUUGGAUUUUGA